AUCCAGUUCAUCCCAUAUAUCGUUUUCUAAUCAUUCCGAUUUUUCGCUAGGCCCAUCUGUUUGCAGCAGAAUUUCUGAGGAAAAAUUUUCGUUUAAGUUCGUGUAAUCACACUUUUUAAAGAUGUCGGAAGUCACCGCUAAGAUCCCGAAACCCGUUCUGCGAGGAUUGCACAAUGCAUCAAUCAAACGCAACCUCAUAGUUGCCGGUGUUCUGUGCACCAUCUCUGUUAUUGCCACCAAAGUACUGUACGUGGAUCCGAAGAAGCAGCAGUACGCCGAUUUCUAUAAGACCUACGACCCAAACGCGCACUUUGAACGUAUGCGAAAGGCUGGACUUCUGGAAUCCGUAAAAGAAUAAAAAGUCACCCGGCGAAUGGGCAAUUUAGUUCAGCCCAAUUUGUGCAUAUAUUUAAUGAAUAAACGAAAUAUCUAAAUUCA